UCAGCUGAUGAUUCAGUCAGCUGACUCUGGAUGACAUGUCAAGAUGAGAUAAUGCCAGUGCAACUUUUCUUUUCGUCCUUGUGUAUCGAUACAUUACGUGCCAUUCAUACACGUUUACUACCAGUUAUAUCUUACAAUAAGUUGUGGCAAGAGUCAGCGACACAGUCGCGAGUGAAUAACGUCAUGUCACAGAACACUUACACCGUUGACAUAAGAGAUAUGCGAAUAAAAUACAAAGAUAAAAGUGAAACUUUCACAGAAGAUCAUUUAGCCAGCAAAGAACCGAUCGGACAAUUCAAAGCAUGGUUCGAAGUGGCUUGCAACACUCCACAAAUUUUAGAACCUAAUGCGGUUCUUCUCGGAACUUCAACAAAAGAUGGUGUGCCAUCUGUGCGUGCGGUAUUGCUAAAAACUUUUGGCACAGAAGGUUUCAAAUUUUUCACGAAUUACAAUAGCAGAAAAGGUCGCGAAAUUGCUGAAAAUCCACAUGUCGCGAUGACUUUUUACUGGGAACCUCUUAACCGAAGUGUUCGUAUAGAAGGUGUUGCACAAAAAACAUCAACGGAAGACUCGGAUCGGUAUUUUCAAAUGCGGCCAUAUCAAAGUCAAAUCGGCUCUAUGUCCAGUGAGCAGAGUACCGUGAUUGCUAGUAGAGAGACUCUUAUUGUGAAAGAAAAAGAAUUACUUACGAAAUUUCCGGAAGGUCAAGUUAAAAGACCUGAUCAUUGGGGCGGAUAUCUUGUUGUGCCACACACUAUAGAAUUUUGGCAAGGUCAGAGUGAUCGUCUUCACGACAGAAUUCGCUUUAGACGCCCAAAAUCGGACGAGAAAAUAGACAACAUUCUCGUGCAUCAAGGAGAAGAUGGAUGGAUUUACGAAAGACUCUCGCCAUAAAACAAUUUGCAAUCUUUAUUGACAAAAAGCGAUUGUGUCUGUGUGUGAUUAAUAAUUGUUAUAUUGAAAAAAAAAUAUUUUAUUCUAGAAUAUUGCUGCAUCAUUCCAAGUUGAUAUCUCGUACUCCUUCAAAGACAAUAAUGUUUAUUCGAUUUACAUUAUCUCUUUAAUAAACCUUUCUUGUGAGUUUUA